AUGUUAUUGGACGCGCAGCGAUUUUUUAAUAGGUCUUUCUCUAUUAAUGUAAUAUGCGAAUUGAAACAUAAUGUAAACACAAGAAGAAAAUUCGAAAUAAAGGACUGGCCAACAAUAAUGUUAGUGAGCAGAAACGACAAGCCCAAAAUCAGUAGUGAGGAAGUCACACAUUUUAUAGACGACUAUAAAAAGAGGAGGAAAACUCAGAUGACACGAUUCUUCGGAAUCACUAUUUUUACACUUAUAACAUGUAGAAUUGCCAUGAAGAAAAUGAUAACUGCAAAAGUGCCAUUGAACACUUUUCAAGCAAACUACGCCAGCCGGACGCAGACAAUAACACACACACAAAAGAGUCUUGCAGGUUCUCUUUUAGCGGCAACGGGCAUGACACUAGGUAUAUUUGGUAUGGGCAUCACAGGGACAUGUUGGAGCUGGGAUGUUUCAUCAUUUCAGGAACUAAAGCAACGUCUGGAAAGGCGUGCCAACAACGAAUUUGUAGUGACAAACAUGCCUCUGGAUAAAAGAAGCCAGCAAGUAGUGGACAGCUUAGUUAAGACACACAAUUCAUCUCUUUGUAAAUAG